CUGAAUUGUGAAGAGUGAAAGACUAGAAAGAAAGGGAAAAACAAAACAAAACCACGCCCUAGUUCUUCUUCUUCUUCUUCGUUCGCACUGUUCUUCACUCUCAUCCACCAUGACCAAGCAACAAGCUAAUUGGUCUCCAUAUGAUAACAAUGGAGGAUCUUGUGUUGCAAUUGCUGGUGCGGAUUACUGUGUGAUCGCCGCGGAUACGAGGAUGUCGACAGGUUACAACAUCCUCACUCGCGAAUACUCAAAAAUCUCCCAACUUGCUGACAAAAGUGUGAUGGCUUCUUCUGGUUUUCAAGCUGAUGUAAAAGCUUUGCAAAAGGUUUUGUCUGCUAGGCAUUUGAUAUAUCAGCAUCAACACAACAAGCAAAUGAGCUGCCCUGCGAUGGCUCAGUUGCUUUCAAACACCCUUUAUUACAAACGCUUCUUUCCUUAUUAUGCUUUCAAUGUUUUGGGUGGCCUUGACAAUGAAGGAAAGGGAUGUGUCUUCACAUAUGAUGCUGUUGGUUCCUAUGAGAGGGUUGGAUAUAGCUCUCAGGGCUCUGGAUCCACACUCAUUAUGCCAUUUCUUGAUAACCAACUGAAGUCUCCUAGCCCACUCCUAUUACCAGCCCAGGAUGCUGUCACUCCACUGUCUGAAACAGAAGCAGUGGAUCUGGUCAAAACUGUUUUUGCAUCUGCAACUGAGAGAGAUAUAUACACUGUAAAUAAGCUUGAAGUUGUCAUCCUAAAUGCUAGUGGCAUUCGUCGUGAGUACAUGGACCUAAGGAGAGACUAAUAUGUUUUUACUCAGAAAUUUAUUGUUGGAGAUGCCAGACUGGGAUUGAGAAUGUUUGGAAUGUUCCUGUAAUUUUAUAUGUCGUGGUGGGUUUUUCCCAUGAGGCAAAAUUAGGAAUAGCGUUUCCAGUGAAACCAAUUUGAACCAAUGCUAGUCUGUUCACACUAAAACUAGACUGUGUUUUUAAUUUGCAUUGGAUGUUAUCCGAGUAUUUUUCUUAGCUUUAUUCAAGUCUACUGUGUUGAAGAGCUUAUAAAAUUUGGUCA